CACAGUCACCUUGAUCCUCGCCAAAUUGCUACAUUAACGCCAACUGUUGUAACGCUGCGCAAUGUAGUUUCUCCUGCAGUUAUGCACUUUAAAUGCUGUACAAUGGGCAUAAAUAGUUCCCAGCUCGAAAAAGAAAUUGCCGACGAUCGGGCACUUUGUAACGAACGGUAUUUCGGCCUGGUUAAUUUUGGAAAUACUUGUUACUGUAACUCCGUGAUACAAGCUUUGUUUUUCUGCAAACCGUUUCGAGAGCGUGUUUUACAGUACAGACAGUCUAAAUCCCACAAAAAGGAAACUCUACUUAGCUGCCUUGCCGAUUUAUUUCAUGCUAUUACUACCCAGAAGAAAAGCGUCGGUCAGAUAGCUCCGAAAAAAUUUAUUAGCAAACUCAAAAGGGAAAAUGGUGCCUUUGAUAACUACUUGCAGCAGGAUGCUCAUGAAUUUCUCAUUUACAUUCUCAAUGAAAUAUCCGACAUCCUAGAAUCUGAAAAUCAUGCCGAGCAAUCCCACCGGUCGGAGCUUGCCAACGGGGGAAUUGAUAAAUCGGAGCCGUGCGAGCGUUCACAUAACUGGAUUAAAGAUAUCUUCCAAGGUUGUUUGACUAAUGAAACUCGUUGCCUCACCUGUGAGAACGUCCGGACGAAAGACGAAAAUUUUCUCGACUUGUCUGUUGAUGUGGCGCAGAACUCAAGCAUAGUCUACUGCCUGAAGUGCUUCUCUGACACCGAAAUGAUGCAGUCAGAAAACAAAUAUUAUUGUGAAUUCUGUCGCUGCAAACAAGAGGCUCAGAAAUGGUUGACCAGAUGGACAAAAAUAACCUGCUAUCCGAAUUACUGUCCUGUCAUGAGCAUGCGCGUUAAGAAACCGCCUUGGAUACUUACUCUCCACUUAAAGAGGUUCAAAUACUCCGAGGAGAUGAACAGCUUCACCAAACUCUCUUGUCGGGUAGUAUUUCCAACAGAGCUGCGCCUCCCAAAUACCUCCGGUGGAGCUGCCGAUCAGAAUUGGUUGUACAAACUGACGGCUGUCGUGGUGCAUUCCGGCUCGGGGCCCAACCGAGGACACUACGUGACAUUAGUCAAGUCCCACGGCCUCUGGUUACUGUUCGAUGAUGAGGUUGUAGAUAAAAUUUGCCCCGUCAAUUUGGAGGAUUUUUUCGGUCAAUCCACAGCGUGGACCGCGAAAUCCUCUUACACAGCGUACAUACUGUUCUACCAGGCUGUACAGUUCAGUUCUCCACCGGUGACCCCACAAGAGUCAUGGACCAACCCACCACCUUCCUCACGGCCUACACCCGAGCCACGGGAACCUGGCGAAAAGCAGGCGCCUUACGAGGCUUUGAACACCUUAGACCUGUCACAUUUUGUAAAGGAUGUUACCACCACUCAUUCAGAUGAAAUUUAAAAUUGUCUCAGUCAGCUUCCCACAAUUUUUCCUCUCCUUUCUGUCCAGAACACACAGAUAGCCAUGCGGCGACAGUCCCUAUUCGUGUUUGUCCCUCUAAUUUUCCACAAUUAGCCCUCUUCAUUCUUUCUGUUCGGUGCCCCAUUCUCCUUGUCCCCCUGUCGGCUUCAUCUGUUUAUCUUACCCUCUUUGGUAUCUCUUGGGGCUUGCAAUCUAUCCCCAGCGAUCAUUUUUCCACCCUGUCCUGGUGUAGUGUGCAUUUGUCCACACGCAUCACUGAUGUGUACAUAGCCCUUAACUGAACUUCCAUCCACUGCGAUCUCCAUCGAUCCAGCGUCACACGUGUCUUGCUCCACGUUGUUUUUUGACCUCUCUUGCUCAACCAUCCGCUCACCAAUGUGGUGAAGAUAAACAGCUGUGAUCAUUGCACUUCCUUCGGUCAUACACUACGCAUUUCAUGUGCACAGUCUUGUGGAAUUUUGUUUCCUUCAUUCCGCAUUGUGAUUACCUAUCUCGGAUAGUGUAUUCUGUGUGGGUUGACCUUUUUUUCGAUCCAUUGCCAAUCUAGGACCGUUUUUCAGCUAACAGUCGACUGUCAUCACCGUAACAUCGUCAGUUUGACUUGGUCAUUAUUAGGACUGCUAUUAUACUGAAUAAUAUCGCGACAGCCACCUUUUC